AUGUACCAAAAAUUGUCGCCGAUGCCACAUUUUUUGGCAGCACUGUUUGCAACAGUGGCUUGCAUUAUCUUUGCGCUCACUACGUUCGGCAAUCUUCUGGUGCUGUGUUUCAAAGCCCGAGUUGGCCGUACAAAUACUACGCUAUUAGUGUGGAAUUUAGGCCUUACUGAUUUCCUUGUUGGUAUUAUCGUUCUGCCACUUGGUGCAGUUCACGUUAUUUUGCGUGAAUGGCAUUUCAGUCGCUCGCUUUGUCGUUUAUGGGUAGCAGCCGACGUUACUUUUUGUACCUGUUCGGUGGUGAUUAUUACAAUUGUUUCAAUCUGGUGCUUUUCACUUUCCGUGCUGUUGGCAACCGUCAAGUGGGAUCAACCACCAACUUGUUUGAAUUCAAACGUAUGCUUUGCGGGUAAUGAAAUUCGUUAUUUGGCGCACAGUGUUAUAUUUGCAUUUUUCAUCCCAGCUUCAGUAACGUUGACACUGUACUGGAGGAUCUAUCGAUUAGCGCGUAAUCGACAAAAAGCCCUGGAUAGCGGAUUUUUAAUGAUUUUAGGACAAAAUAUGAACUUUCUCACAAAUACGCUCAGUGAGCACGCACAUUUGCGAGUGCAUUAUGGCAGGAGGACCGGAAUGGUAGAGCAUCAGCGUCGGGUGCUUCGCACGCAUGAACGUGUCGCCAAAACGCUUGGUGUUGUAUCAUGCUCAUUUCUGUUCUGUUGGCUACCCUUUUUCACAUUAUAUAUUGCCAGAUACUGUAACUCAAUGCUCAAUCCAAUUAUUUAUUCAUUCACUGUGAAAGAAUACAAACGAACAGCACUCAAGAUGGUGCUACCCCUUUGGAAGAUUGCACAUCGCUGUGUACCGCCGCUUGUACGUGCUCCACCGGAACAUCUGACAUCGAAAUUUCUACGUAACGGUGCAAGAGCCGAACGUUUCAAGCCACGUGUUUACGCAAAACGUACUGUACGUAUUCGUGUGCCGACCGUUCAAAAUUCCUUCAAAAACCGGCGACAAAAAUCAUCAGAUGCAAAAUCGGAGGAAACAACAACGACCGCUGUACUGAACGGAACAACAUCUGCUGAGGGAAACAUAACACUGGCAAAGGACUGGAGUAGCGGUGUGGAUGGAGAUACCAUUGAACGUGAGGAAGAGGUGGACCAGGUGAUCGAGGAUCAGCAGCUGAUACGAGCGCAGAACCUGGGAGACGAUAUUCCCAGCCGGGAUACCUCGAAGAAGAACCUCCCAAAACCGAUCAUAUCGAAGAAAGGAAAGUUUAACAAAGCGAAACCACCAUCUCUGUUGCCAGUUAAGGAGGAGGAAGUUUUUGCGCAAGUUACCGACCUGUAA